AUGCACAUUCACACAACGACCCACUUACCCCACUUCUUCCUUUCCGACUUGCGAGAUGCUCAUGACUUUUGUUUUUAUUUCCAAGUUUCGUUGAUAUACGGUAUUAGCUUCGUUGUAUAUUCCUUGGAUUUAACUAAAAAAACUAGAGGUUCCUUCUCCGAUAUGGAACCUGCGGUGUCCGGACUCGUUGGUUCAGAGAUUCAUGGCUUCAAAACCAUGGAAGAUUUGGAUGUGCCCAACAUGAUGGAGGAAGCAAAGACAAGAUGGCUCCGACCAAAUGAGAUUCAUGCAGUACUUUAUAACCACAAGCAUUUCAGCAUCAGUGUGAAACCGGUUAAUUUGCCUUCAAGUGGCACUAUCGUCCUAUUUGACCGGAAGAUGCUCAGAAAUUUCCGGAAAGAUGGGCAUAACUGGAAAAAGAAAAAAGAUGGAAAAACUGUAAAAGAAGCUCAUGAACACUUGAAGGUUGGAAACAAUGAAAGAAUUCAUGUCUAUUAUGCACAUGGUGAAGACCGGUCAACCUUUGUUCGUAGAUGUUACUGGCUUCUUGAUAAGAAUCUGGAACAUAUUGUACUUGUUCAUUAUCGUGACACUCAAGAGUUGCAAGGGUCUCCAGGGUUGACUGUUGACUCCAAUUCUAGCUCGGACCCACCUACUUCAUCAAAUCUUUCAGAAGAAAUUGAUGGGGUUGAUCAGGUGUACUUUACUGAGCCUAAUGAGACAGCAAUAAAUCAUGAGAUGAGAAUUCAUGAAAUCAAUACACUGGAAUGGGAUGAGCUUGUGAUUCCAACUUCCGAUAAGCUGAGUGGAUCUGAAGGAGGAAAUGUUGCACAAUUUGAUCAAACUAACCAAUAUGUAUCAAAUGGAUCAGUAGACAAUGUAAAUAGACACAAUGCUCAAAUUGCAAAUUUAGGCAUUGAUGUCUUCAACACAAUGCAUAAAGAUGAAUUACCAACACAAGAAAGUUUUGGAAGAUGGAUGAAUUACAUCAUCACAGAUUCUCCUGGAUCAAUAGAUGAUCCACUUCAACAUCCAUUCACACCUUUCAAUGGUGAUCACAAUUCCACUGAUAAAAUUUUCAACAUAACCGAUGUCUCCCCUUCAUGGGCUCUAACAAGUGAAGAAACAAAGAUUUUAGUGGUUGGAGAUUUUAACAAAAAGUAUAUCCACCUAAUGAACUCGAAUAUAUUUUGUGUAUGUGGGGAUGUUUUUGUUCAAUUAGAAUUUGUUCAAUCCGGAGUUUUUCGAUGUAUGAUUCCUCCACAAAAUCCCGGAAUCGUGAAUCUAUUCCUGAGUUCUGAUUGCCACAACCCCAUCAGUCAGGUGAUGGAAUUCGAAUUCCGUCCUCCUCCUCCUCCUCCCACCACUAAUCUACCGACACCUGUCAACGAGAAGCCAGACUGGCAAGACCUCGAAGUCAACAUGAGACUAGCUCAUUUGCUUUUCUCCACAUCCAAGAGUCUAGAGAUUUUAUCAAGUAAAAUACCACAGAAGAGUUUGAAGGAUGCGAUAAUAUUCGCCCAAAAAACACGACAUAUUGUGAAUCGUUGGGAUUUUUUGGUGAAGUCGGUUAUGGAAAAAAAAGUAUCUUUUGAACAAGCGAGAAAUAGCUUAAUGGAGCUCACGUUGCGAAAUAGAUUACUUGAGUGGCUUUUGGAAAGAGUGUUGGAAGGUGGGAAGAUUCCUGUUCGUGAUGAUGAAGAUUUUCGUGAUAAAUUUGGAUGGACUGCUCUUCAUUGGGCUGCACACCAUGGGAGGCAAAGGAUGGUGGCAUCUCUUCUCUCGGCUGGAGCGAACCCUAAUCUAGUAACCGACCCAACUUCUGAAAACCCCAGUGGACACACACCUGCUGACCUGGCAUCCAAAAAUGGGUACGAAGGAUUGGCUGCAUAUCUAGCCGAAAAGGCACUCGUGGCACAUUUUGAAGCCAUGACAUUAGCCGGAAACGUUAGCGGCUCACUACAAAGCACAUUCCCAACUAACGAACCCGUUGUCCCAGACACGUCAUCAGUCCUCGUCAGCGAAGAGGAGCAGUAUCUAAAAGACACCCUGGCAGCCUACCGAACAGCCGCCGAUGCCGCCGCCCGUAUACAGGCGGCGUUUAGGGAGCAGUCGUUUAAACUCAAGACAAAAGAAGUGGAAGUUUCCAAUCCGGAAGACGAAGCGCGGUGUAUCAUAGCCGCCAUGAGGAUCCAACACGCCUUCCGGAACCAUGAAUCGAAAAAACAAAUGGCGGCUGCUGUACGGAUACAGUAUAGGUUCCGUACUUGGAAAAUAAGAAAAGAUUUCUUAAAUAAACGCCGUCAAGCCAUAAGAAUUCAAGCGAUUUUUCGGGGUCAUCAAGUGAGAAGGCAGUAUACGAAGAUAGUGUGGUCAGUUGGAGUGCUUGAGAAAGCGAUAUUGCGUUGGCGAUUGAAGCGAAAAGGGUUUCGGGGUCUUCAAGUGGAGGCAGAUAAAGAUGAGAAGCAAGAGAAUGUUGAUGGGGAAGAAGGAUUUUUCCAUGCGAGUAGGAAGCAAGCUGAAGAGCGUGUUGAGAGAUCGGUUGUUAGGGUUCAAGCCAUGUUCAGAUCAAAACUAGCUCAAGAAGAAUACAGGAAAAUGAAGCUACAACACAUCCAAGCAUCGAUUGAGUAUAAUGAGAGCUUUGACCCUCCAACUGACAUGGAGAAAUAGAAGAUGUUGGUGUUUGUGUUUUGACUGUUGUAAAUGCAUAAACUAUAAGGCAAAGUUGUGUCUGCUCGUCUGUCUGUAUUUUUAUGAGAAAGAGGGCAUGAUUGUUUUGAGUUAAUGGUUUGUGUUGAAGUUUAUAUAUAAUGAUUUGAUGUAAUAUUAGAAGAAAUGGGAAUGGAAACUAGGUGUUAACUCUAUUGUUUGGUAAAGUAAUAAUAAUGUGAAUGAAUGGUUGAUGGGAAC